AUUUGAGUGGUGUUCGAGUAGCGCUCAGUCCCGCUGCAGCGUCAACCGCGACAGCAGCACGAGGAGCUUCACGCGCCGCUGGGCUUCAUUUUUCACACAAGUUUACAUUUGCGCUUCUUUCAUGAGCUUUCCCACCUCUUUUUACCCUCCAGGACCCUGUAUGUUUGUGCCUCAAAAAGGAUCUGGCAGACACCAUUGUUUUAACCGAGUUUUAUUGAAAUGUACGUGGAAAUUUAUGAAGACCUAAGGAUUAUUGCCAUUUUGUCAGUUUAAUGUGGGAAAUGUCUACAGGGAUCUUAAUGCAGAUGUGGGAAGUUUAAUGCAGAUGUGAUGGUUGGAUAUCAGCUGUGAAGCGCAAACCUGAAUAAGUAACCAUGGCUUACAGCGGAGCGCAGAAGGCUUUGAAGAGUGAUAAGUUAGAUGAAGCUCAAGCUCUGGCCAAAAGCUGUGCGGGCAGACCAGACUUCCUCCCCUGUGAUGGACUGUCCAUCUGCGCAACACACAGCCAUGGAAAGUGUUUUAAACUGCAUUGGUGCUGCCAUUUGGGCUGGUGUCACUGUAAAUAUGUGUACCAGCCCAUGACCAACGUGGCUCAGCUGCCCAGCACACCUGUGCCUGCGGCUCCGUCUGACUGCACCGACACCAUCGAUCUGUCCAUCUCUUUGACAGAACGCUUUCUCCGCAUCUCCCCCUGCUUCCAGCCGCCGCCCUGUCCUGAAUCGCCUAAAUACUGCAACAUCGCCGAACUCUUCAUUGACGACUAUAUCGUUAAGCGAAUCAACGGCAAGAUGUGUUACGUGCAGCGGCCCCAGGUUCAUGUGGAGCCUGCUCAAAUAAACCCCAUUCAGAAACAGCACACCGAAGACAAGCACAUUGUUGAGGAGACUGUCAAAGGACCAAAAAUGGGCCACUGCUCUUCGCCCUCCAGCUCCGAGGACUCAGGGAUCAAUGCUUUGGGAGGACACUUUCUGGAGUCCUGCGAGGAAGAGUCUGAGGAAGAGGAUGAGCUCAGCACGGAUGGACACUCCAGUCCGGGGAGUCUAUGGGAGCAGGACGAUUGCACCCUGCUGUCUCCUUCCAAAUCCAUUGUGGAGAUUAUCGAAAACAUCGAAACUACCGUGUGAUGUUUGUUGACUGCAUAGUUAAUACUCUUUUUGUUCUUUACACAUCUCUCUCUUUCUCUGUUUGAUGAGAUUAAACUGUUGUGCUAAAUGGAAUAUUGUAUGUAGAGGACAAUGCCACACUCAUAAAGGCAGUGCUACACUUUA